AUCUAGAAGCGCGCCAGAGCCUUGUGGCUGACAGCAGUUUGUGAGCCACACGUAUAGUUAAAGCUUUUAGGACAAUCUCUAUCUUUUCUCGUUUAUUGAAUGAAUACGAUGUCUUCGCUUAUUAAGGUGGAUAAUGAAAUCAAAACAAAGGUUGAUGCUUUCAGGGAACGAAUUACAGCAGAGGCUGAAGACCUGGUCGCAAACUUUUUCCCCAAGAAAUUGUUAGAGUUGGACCAGUUUUUGAAGGAUCCCACAAUUAAUAUUCGUGAGUUGAAAGAAAUUCAUUCAGAAAUCAAUUUGACGGUACCAGACCCAAUUCUACUUGCAGACAUCCAUGAUGGACUUGAAGGACAAAAUGCUAAAAAGAGGAAACUGGAAGAUGGUGCAGGAGACGACAAAGUUGGCGGGACCAAAGUCUUUGUCAUGCCUGGUGGAAUGAUGAAAAGUAAUGGCAAGCUGGUGGACCUGAUUGAAAAAGUCAAGCCUGAAAUCAGAACUCUUAUUGAGAAGUGCAACACGGUCAAAAUGUGGGUUCAGUUGUUAAUCCCAAGAAUAGAAGACGGCAACAAUUUUGGCGUCUCAAUUCAAGAGGAGACAGUUGCAGAACUGAGAACGGUUGAAGGCGAGGCAGCAUCUUACUUAGACCAGAUAUCAAGAUACUACAUCACAAGAGCAAAGCUGGUUUCCAAAAUAGCUAAAUACCCUCAUGUUGAGGACUAUCGUCGUACAGUGACAGAGAUUGACGAAAAGGAAUACAUCAGUCUUAAGAUUAUAGUGUCAGAAUUGAGAAAUCAAUAUGUAACAUUACAUGACAUGAUCCUGAAGAACAUUGAAAAGAUAAAGAGGCCGAGGAGCAGCAAUAGUGAUGCUCUUUACUAGGAUCACCAUCCUCUUUUAUUCUUAGCCAAUUGUUCCCCGCUUUGGAGUUGGCGUUGACCUUCGCCUUCAGUUCCAGAGUAGUCCCGUCAUCCAUUAUAGCCAGGCCUGUUCAUAUAGGUCUGAGAACAUGCCACUUAAGAUAGAAUUGUAAAAUAUGGUUACUAUUUUAAACCCUUUAAAACUAAGCCCUUUUGUUUUGUUUCUAAACGGACAGUGUAAAUGUAUUAAGGCAGAGCCUAAACAUGCGUCCCAAGGAAACUGUCUCAAAUUUUCUUUAUUAAAGAAACAUCUCACCAGUGGGUUUCUUUUUAUCUUUUGCAAAGCCAAAUCACACGUCGUUCUGUAGGACUUCAGGACAUUUUAAGUAUUUCUGGGCCUCUUCAGGGGUAAUAUGAUUUAUAAGAGUCAUCCACCCAUGAUGGUCAGUUUCUCCAAUCGGAAAGAAGAAGCUCUCAUCAAUGCUGUAUUUCACAAGUGGUUUUAUGUUGUUGUAUCUGACAUGUACAUGUAGGCUAAAGUGGGAGCAGUUUUUGUGCAAAAGUUUAUUUGGACUGAGCUGACAGUUGUUAUCACAUAAUGAGUUACAUAGAUUUUUCAUCUGAAACUACAAAUUCAUCAAAUUCUGGAAGCUUUUUAUGGUUCUUUUUGUCCAGUUUGAGUGAUACAUUUUGCUGAAUAAACUAUUGUUUUUACAAUA